UUUUCUCCUCUCCUUCCCUUUGGCCGCGGCACGUCUCCCGCUUUUGUCGUCCCCUCCCUCCCAGCCCUUGGCGGGGCCGUUGACAGUAAAUUCGCGAUGGCCUCCGCCGGUAUAAACGCAGCCCAGCCUAGUUCCCAGAUGGCCAACUCCCAGAACGGCCGGAACCCACGCAAAGGACGGAUCCUGGGCUUCAUCGACGCCAUUCAGGAUGCUGUGGGCCCCCCCAAGCAGGCAGCUGCCGACCGAAGGACUGUGGAGAAGACCUGGAAGCUCAUGGACAAAGUGGUAAGACUGUGCCAAAACCCGAAACUUCAACUCAAAAAGCCCCCCUACAUUCUUGACAUUUUACCAGACACCUAUCAGCAUUUGCGACUUAUACUGAGCAAAUACGAUGACAACCAAAAACUUGCACAACUCAGUGAGAAUGAGUAUUUUAAAAUCUACAUUGAUAGUCUCAUGAAAAAGUCGAAACGGGCUAUCAGACUCUUCAAAGAAGGAAAGGAAAGAAUGUAUGAGGAGCAGUCGCAGGACAGGAGAAACUUAACUAAGCUGUCCCUCAUCUUCAGCCACAUGCUAGCAGAAAUCAAGGCUAUUUUUCCAAAUGGCCAAUUCCAGGGUGAUAACUUUCGUAUCACCAAAGCUGAUGCUGCAGAUUUCUGGAGAAAGUUCUUUGGAGACAAAACUAUAGUGCCAUGGAAAGUGUUCAGGCAGUGCCUUCAUGAAGUUCAUCAGAUAAGCUCUGGUUUGGAAGCAAUGGCUCUUAAAUCUACUAUUGACUUGACCUGCAAUGACUACAUUUCAAUUUUUGAGUUUGAUAUCUUCACUAGAUUAUUUCAGCCAUGGGGUUCAAUCUUAAGGAAUUGGAACUUCUUAGCUGUGACACAUCCUGGAUAUAUGGCGUUCCUGACAUAUGAUGAAGUGAAAGCAAGAUUGCAGAAGUACAGCACAAAGCCUGGGAGCUACAUUUUCAGACUGAGUUGCACUCGCUUGGGGCAGUGGGCCAUUGGGUAUGUGACUGGUGAUGGGAACAUACUGCAGACCAUACCUCACAAUAAGCCUCUGUUUCAAGCUUUGAUUGAUGGCAGUCGGGAAGGAUUCUAUCUCUUCCCAGAUGGACGAAGUUACAAUCCUGAUCUGACAGGAUUAUGUGAACCUACACCACAUGAUCACAUAAAGGUCACACAAGAACAGUAUGAAUUGUACUGUGAAAUGGGUUCCACUUUUCAGCUAUGUAAAAUCUGUGCAGAGAAUGACAAGGAUGUGAAGAUUGAGCCUUGUGGACACCUCAUGUGCACCUCUUGUCUUACGGCAUGGCAGGAAUCUGAUGGCCAAGGCUGUCCUUUCUGUCGCUGUGAAAUCAAAGGAACUGAACCAAUUAUUGUGGAUCCGUUUGAUCCAAGAGAUGAAAACUCCAGAUGUUGCAGUAUUAUCGAUAGCUUUAGUAUGCCCAUGUUGGACUUGGAUGAUGAUGAUGACAGGGAGGAGUCUUUGAUGAUGAACCGACUGGCUUCAGUCCGAAAGUGCAAUGAAAGGCAGAAUUCACCAGUGACUUCUCCAGGAUCUUCCCCUCUUGCACAAAGAAGAAAACCACUUCCAGACCCCCUGCAAAUCCCACAUCUUAGUCUUCCACCUGUACCACCUCGUCUGGAUCUUAUUCAGAAGGGAGUAGCACGGUCUCCAUGUGCCAGCCCAACUGGAUCACCAAAGUCUUCUCCUUGUAUGAUGAGGAAACAAGACAAACCUUUGCCAGCACCACCACCACCCUUGCGUGAUCCUCCGCCACCGCCACCAGAACGACCUCCUCCAAUUCCACCAGACAACAGGAUAAGCAGACACUUGCAUCAUCCAGAAAGCGUGCCUUCCAGAGACCAGCCGAUGCCCCUUGAAGGCUGGUGUCCCAGAGAUGUGUUUGGGACAAGUCAGUUAGUAGGAUCUCGAACGGGGAGUGACACUUCUCCCAAACCAGGACUGACUGCAGUUUCAAACAUGAAUGGAAGGCACAACCGCAUAAGUUCUGAGCAAGGAUUUAUGAGAAAACACAGACGUCACGAAUUGCCUGUGGAAGGUGCCAAGGUAUUUUCAAAUGGUCAUUUGAUAAAUGAAGAAUACGAUGUCCCACCACGGCUUUCACCUCCUCUUCCAGCUGCUUCCACCAUCCCUAGUAUAAAGUGCCCUGUUUCCUCAGCAAAUUCUCUAUCUGAUAAAUCAAGGGAUCAUACCGAUGAUGAUGAUGAAUACAAAGUUCCUUCUUCACAUUCUAUAAUACUGAGCUCUCAACCACCUCAUUGUCAUAAUAUAAAACCUGUUGCUCGGGUUUGUGAGAAUGGUCAAUGUGCUGGAGUAACAAAUGGAACACACAGUGCUACUUCUGAUGUGAAGAAAUCAAAACAUCCAGAGUUAGGAGAUGUCUAUGAUGCACCUACUGUUCCGGUACCUUUGCCACCUGCACGGCCUCCUACCAGAGACAACCCAAAACACAGCUCUUUGCUCAACAGGACUCCCUCCGAUUAUGAUCUUCUGGUGCCCCCUUUAGGUGAGGAUGCGUUUGAUAGCUCACCUCCUUCACUACCACCACCACCACCACCUGCUAGGCACAGCAUCACUGAGCACACAAAACCGUCUGGCUCAGGAAGUCGACCUCCCUCAGGGCAUGAACUGUUCCCUCAUCCUGAUCCUCAUUUUGAUCCAAUAGCUGGUCAUGUUCCCUUGCCGCCUGUUCGUAGAGUAACUGGAGAGAAUAUCAAAACAAAUAGGAAUUCUCAAGACUAUGAUCAGCUUCCUCCCUCUUCAGAUGGUUCACAAGCACCAGCCAGGCCCCCUAAACCACUUCCUCGGAGAACUGCACCAGAAAUACACCACAGGAAAGCAUUCAAUUCUGACAGUUCCACGGAAAAUGUGGAUGCAAAAAUUGCAAAACUAAUGGGAGAAGGCUAUUCCUUUGAAGAAGUCAAGAGGGCACUUGAAAUUGCCCAGAAUAAUGUUGACGUGGCUCGUAGCAUUUUAAGAGAAUUUGUCUGUUUUCCUCCACCAGUCUCCCCACGUCUCAAUCUAUAGCAGUGUGAAGAUUUUCUUGGAGCACGUGAAUUCUGCAUGUACAUGUGUGGACUGGGGAAUGAGAGGAAGAAGAGAAGAGAGUAUUUUUUCUUUCAUCUUUAGCAGGAGGCUGACUGUUUCCAGCCGUGCUCAUGGCUGCUCUGAUCAAGACUUAAAAUAUGCUGAGGCUUAUGUAUUUUUGCUAGCCAUACUUUUUUAAAUCAGGGUUGAACUGACAAAAUAAUUUAAAGAAGUUUACUUCCCUAGAACUUUUAAUCUGUGAAAUGCUUUUUCUUGUUUACAAGUUGAUAAGUUACAGUUUUCUAGUUGAUGUCUGUAAUAUGUUCCCGUUCAUGUCCCCUUGUACUUUUGGUCAGUUCUGCUGUAGCAUUCCCAACAGUUUCCAUGCUGACCACCCCAACAACUAAAUCAUCACUUUCUGGAAAUUCCGUGUUUGCUUUUUUUUUUUUCUCUUACAAGAUGCUUUAAUUGUUUUUGCAUUUCAGCUCAGCAAAUGCAAAAGUACGUGGCCUUCACUACUGAUUAUUUUUUCAUAUGAGAUUCCUUUGCUUUUGAGAGAGGAAAUGUCUGAAUGUAAAAUAUGUUAUGUCUAUGAACUGCCUUUUUAAAGGUAUUUUUGACAACAAUGUUGGACAGCUUCCUGUUUAACAUUAAUUCCAUGACCUAUAAUCCUCAAGGUCUUUUAUCCGCUGCUUCUACAGUUAACAAAAAAUCCCAACCAACAGGAAAAAAAAAUAAACACUUCUUGCAGUGAUACUGAGUUUUGACAUGUAAAAGCUCUUUAAAAAAUUAUUUGAUUACAAACAUUCAAAAAAGCCCAAACACACAUGACAGUACUGCAUUUUGAUUACACACUAAUUACACCUGUUGUCUGUGACCUAUGUAUUCUGAGGCAUGCCAGACUAGAAGGAAUCAUUAUUUUGAAUCACUUUAAUGGCAUUCAGGUAAAUUUCAGUACGGGCUUCUGCAAAAUUAAUUUUGGAGUGAUUAUCCUGUGGCUCAUUGUGGCUUGGAAUUAGUUUGUCUUAACUUGGAAACUUUAAAUUCUUGGUGCACUGUUGAUUCCUACUGUAGCAAUAUGUUUUGGAAAGUUCUUUAACAAUCUCCUCCAUACACUUUAUUACUCUAAAGAGUGUUUCUAAUGCCCAAAUUCAUUCAUUCACUUUCCAGCUACUUAGCUAGAAUUGUUUCUUUGCUUUCGAUGGCUAGUGAUACUACAGGCUUUGUGUUAUUUUUAAGCCCCGGUUGAUGCAAGCUAAAUUAAAUAUCUUUCUAACAUUAGAAAAGAGAGAGAAAGUGACAACUAUGUGUUCCUAGUGCUCUCAAAGUUUAGGGUCUACAUAUUUCCAGUGGAAAAUUGCUGCUUUCCUGUUUUUGUAGGAGAAUUGGUAUCCUGCUCUUCCUCUAUUACUGUUGAAAAGAUAAAACCGUAUGGUAGCUAGAGUAUUUUCCACGUUUUGGGAUGUGACCAGUAUAUGACAAUUUUCACUUUGUGCUAAGCUGCGUUUGAGUCGUAUGUUUAUUGUUUCCUUUCACCUGUCAUUUUUUUCCUUCACUCAUAGCAAGUGAUAGAAGUUGUACCACUUAUGGAAUCAGAUCUCAGUGGCCAAUACAUUGGUUUUAAAAAAUUUCAAAUGCAGAAAAUGUCUGUAUUGCAGGAUCCAAAAUAACUGGGAACAGCCAGAGGAAAUUGCUGUGAUACCUCAAAGUCCAUUGUUUCAUCAAAGAUCUUAUUCUUAAAACUUGCUAAAUAAAUUAUUUUGCAGCGUCACAAAGCAUACUAUAUAUCUGUUGUUAAUCUGCUUUGUUUCUGUGAUAAAAGAUGAUUAGGGGAAUUAGAUUGCAGGAACGAGUUAAAGAGUCUUUUCUGCGUUAAGUAAAUAAUGUUUAAAUUUAUGUUACAGGAAAGGUGCAUUUACAACUUCAUUUAAAUGUUCAUUGAUUGCCUGCAGCUUAUGGAAAGUUUUGGUUGAUGUUAUCUUCUGUGCUUUUCAUUCAAGUAAUUCUCUCUCCUCUGUUUUGGAGGAAUGUUUUAUGCUGUCUUGAGCUCUGUUGUUCAUUUGUUUACAGCAUCACUUUAGCAUUUUUGAUAACUAUAAAUUCAAAAUGAUUCAUGUCAUUAAAAAAACAAAACAAAGCAGUACUUUUUUUAACUGAAAUUACUUGUGUGGUUCCAGCAUAACUGCCAGUUUGGCAGUGAUGGCAAUGAACAGAAGAAAGUUUUAAAAGGAUGAGAGAAGAGUCUAUACAUUGUAAAGCAGAGAUCUCUAUUCUUCUCAUUUUUGUGCAGCAUCUUAGCACAAAUGACACCUUUUUGUUUAGACUAGAGGCUGGAAUUGCUUCCUGAUAAAUUAAGGUUUUAAAUUUUUUCAUUCUGGUUGUGACCAACAGUGACUUUUUUCUUUUUUUUUUUUGUACAUGUUAAAAACGCUUGAUGAGCAGUAUUCUUAAUGAUUACUUAAAAAGAGUUCCUUUAAUCCUUGAACAAGCAUGCCAUUAAUGCUUCUAAGUUGUUGAAUGUGAAGACUGUUUCAAACCUGUUUUGGUUGGCAAUCAAGUCAAACAGUGAAAUUGUUUUGCUAGAGUGUUGAUGUUUACUCUGCAGAAAUUAAUAGGCUUAAUUAAUCUGACUACAGUGUAAUUAUGUAAACAUUUUUACCUUUUUAAAGACGUAAGGGUUCGAGUCUGGCAGUGUUAUGCUUUAUAGCUUUAAGCAAACCUGGCUAGUGAGACUGCUUGAAUGAACAAAGUUGGUUAAAUUUAGAAAUGUGUGCUAUAAUGGUUAAGGCUGCAGGAAUAUCUCUUCCAAAUAAAUGUCAUUGAAGGCUUUAGACCACCAUUCUAAUGCCUGUAAGGCCUCACCUUUUAUCUCCUCCUUGUGAAAUUACUGCAUUUCAAGAAAAUUAGCUGAAUUAAUGCUCAGUAUCUGAAGAGUACAUCUGGCACGGAUUUUUUUUU